CUGCCAUUUGUUCUUCCAGCAGAAAAGCUCUCUGUUUACUACCAUGGCUUUUCCGUGCACGUUCAGACCAAUUUUGGUCUCUCUGUCUCUUACGACUGGUCCUACUCCGUAUCGAUGUCUGUCCCCAAGAGCUAUUCUGGGUUGCUUUGUGGUCUGAGCGGGAACUUCAACGGGAAUCAGAAGGACGACUUCCAAAACCCCAAUGGCGGACUUCUUUUCAGCCCUACCGCUUUCAGCAACAGCUGGAGAGAACCGAAUUCCCCUUUCCACUGCACAGUUGUUGGGCUUCCACCCUCCUGUGAUGAAUCUCAGUACUGGCCUUUGCAUUCUUGUGGGAUCAUCCGUGAUCCAAGUGGGCCAUUUCAGCUAUGCGGUGACCCUGCUACUGCUCGAAUCCACUUUGAGAACUGUGUGAAGGACAUGUGUGUCACCUCUGGCAGCAGCCUAUGCAAAACCCUGGGAGCAUAUGCUCAGCAGUGCCAAAGCCGUGGAAUUGCCCUUCAGCCCUGGAGGGAGAAGACUGGGUGUGAGUUGUUGUGUCCUGCUAACAGCUUUUAUGAUCUCUGUGGACCUCCUUGCUCGUCCUCUUGUGCCUCCUUAGCCACACCUUCCAACUGUCCGACUGGUUGCGUGGAAGGAUGCCACUGCAACCCUGGGUUUGUGCGGAGCGGCGUGGAGUGUGUGGACCAAGAUCAAUGCGGCUGCACUUACGAUGGGAGAUACUACCUGGCUGGGGAAAGUUUCUGGCCGGGAGGGAUUGCAGGAGCUUCUGUAGUUGUAACAGCACCAGCCAUGCUGUGGAAUGUGUCAACUCCACCUGCGGUCCCGGAGAGUUCUGCGGCACCUGGAAAGGCACUCAUGGGUGCCACAAGCUCUCAGAUGGUCUUUGUCAGGUGUCAGGGUAUCUUCACUACACCACCUUUGAUGGGCAACAGUUUGGAUUCCAGGGGACGUGCAAAUACGUCUUUGCAGAACUAUGUGGAAGCACUGCAGGCUUGCCCUUCUUUAGAGUCGAGGUGAAGAAUGAGAAGCGAAGUAACCAGCUGUUGCCCAUGACAUCAGAAGUGUUUGUUCAAGUGAAGGCCCACCAGAUACAUCUGCAGAGAGAUUUCUGGGGAAACAUCAAGGUCAACGGAGCAACUGUCAAUCUCCCAGUGAACCUCAAUCAAGGAGAGACCGUCAUUUUCCAGCAUGGAGCGUAUGUCAUUCUGAAAACAACAUUCAACCUGGUUGUGAGCUACGAUCUGAUGCAAAACCUCUUCGUCGUCCUUCCUCCCCAAUACAUGGGACAAACCUGUGGGCUCUGUGGGAAUUUCAACCGGGUUGCCCACGAUGACUUUGCGAUGCCCAACGGCUCGUUAGCAAUGGAUGGCUUCCAUUUUGCGGCCAGCUGGAAUUCCGAGAGUAGCUGUAAGGAUGUCUCUCCUCCUGGUUCUUACUCAGAAUGUUUGGAGAAGGAACAGCUCCUCCAGGCGAAAUACAAAUGCUGGAUCAUUCAAAAUCCCCAGGGCCCUUUGCUUCUUGUCAUUCCCAGGUUACUCCAGAGCCCUACAUGCGUGACUGCAUGUUGGACCUUUGCAUCUCUGCCUUGGAACACAGUGUAUGCCACUCCAUUCAGAACUACGCAGCAGCCUGCCAACGACAAAAUGUAAACAUUUCUGCCUGGAGGAACGAGAGUUUCUGCUAUUUUCAGUGCUCAGAACGUAGUCACUACAAGCUCUGCAAGAACUCUGUGGAUAAAGAAUGUUCUGCUAGUUGGCUUCAGGAUAUCCAAGGUACCGCUUGCUCCGAAGGAUGUGUCUGUGAUGAUGGGUACUAUCAGAGUGUCGACAAGUGUGUCCAGCUGGAACAGUGCGGUUGCACGCAUGAUGGACGCUAUUAUAAAAUUGGAGAGCACAUCUGGCUGCCGGGUUGUGCUAAAAAAUGCCAUUGUGACCCCCGUGGCAAUUUUCGCUGUUUCCCAGCUAGAUGCAAGAUGGAUCAACAAUGCACAUUGAAGGGGGGGCAGUAUGGCUGCCACAGUCUCCUGACCACCUGCGUCAUCACAGGAGAUCCUCAUUAUUUCACCUUUGAUGGUGCACUGGUGCACUUCCAGGGUAUCUGUGACUAUGAGGUCUCUCACACUUGCAACUCCACUCUGGAUUUCUCCUUCCGAGUUGUCAUCGAAAACCGACACUUCCAGAAUCCCAGAGUUUCCUUUGCUUACCGGGUGGAAAUCUGGUUUCAGAUGCACCAAUCAAGUUUCCAUGUUUUCCUUGAGCGAGGCAAAGCUGUCCAUGUUAAUGGCAAAAGAACCCAACUACCGGCCAAUGUAGGGUCCAUUGCUCGGAUCCUGAGAGUGAGGAAUAUGUUGACCGUGAGAACCAAAGCUAAUGUGGAAAUCCAGUUCAACGGGCAAGUAGUGUCUUCAUACGUGUGGGUCCAGAGUAUCAGAAUCAGCUGUGUGGCAUGUGCGGCAACUUCAACGGUGAUGCUUCGGAUGAUAAACUUUUACCCUGGAGACAAAGCCCUGAGUGAUGCCCAGUUUGGAAAUGCUUGGAUAUCCAACACCAGCUCUGUACGCUGUAAGAACGACACCAAAGACCUUAUUCCUUGUCCAAAUCAACACAAGUACAGACAAAUGUGUGCGAUCUUAAUUAACAGCUCAGGGCCUUUCUCCGAAUGUCACUGGCUCAAUAACCCAGACUUGUAUUAUGAAUCCUGCGUCUAUGAUUUAUGUCAGUACGGAUUGGGCAAUCGCAUGUUCUGCAUGGCCAUUGAAGCUUAUGAUGAAAUGUGCACCAUUACUGGGGUGAAGGUGAUGGACUGGCGACAGGCAACAGGAUGCAGCAUCACCUGUCCAGUUAACAAGUACUACGACUUUUGCGGCCCAGCUUGUCCUGCCACAUGUGCCAACCUCCAGGCCCCUGCCCUUUGCAAAAAACCUUGCGUCCCGGGCUGCAUCUGCAGGGAAGGCUAUGUCCUGAAUGCCGGCGUCUGCAUACCUCUGAAACUCUGUGGCUGCACGCUGAAUGGCCGCUAUUACCAGCUGGGAGAACGAGUGAUCCUGGGGGACGCUUGUAACCAAAGAUGCAUCUGCGUGCAAGCUGCUCACCCGAUGGAAUGUCAGGAACUAGCCUGCAAAGCUCAGGAAAUGUGCAAAGUUGUGGAUGAUGUACGGGGUUGUUACCCAAUGACAUUUGGCCUGAUGCAACUAUAUGGCCCUUCAAACUACGUCACUUUUGAUGGUGUUCCUUUUAGUUUUCAAGGGGCCUGCAAAUACACCCUCGUUUCAUACUGUGGCCCUGCAGGAAAGCUUCCCAGCUUCAACAUUCAAGUAUUAAAUAUGCAUAAGGAGUCUGUCUUGGUAUCCUGGAUAAAACAGUUGGAACUUGAAAUCUAUGGGGAGAAAAUAAUUGUAGCAAAAGGGCAGCAUGGCUUAAUAAAGGUGAAUGGCCUCCUAAUGAAUCUGCCCAUCACCCUUGCGAUGGGAAAACUCUAUGCCUAUUCUACUACUGCCUUCCUCACUAUUGAGACCGAUACGGGCCUCUCUGUUUCCUAUGAUUGGUCUCACCACGUGUCAGUUUCAGUUCCUGAAAUUUACUCGAGGUCCCUCUGUGGCCUUGGCGGAGAUUUCAACCAGAAUUGCCACAACGACUUCAGGACUCCCAGAGGUUUGGUGGUUCAGGAUCCAGAGACUUUGGCAACAGCUGGAAAGAUUCUGGCUCCCCAUUCCACUGCGCAGCUGUCGGGCCUUUACCAAAUUGCAGUGAAACGGAAUUGGCCCAAUACCGAUCUCUGGAUUAUUGUGGACUCAUUCGUGAUACGAAUGGGCCAUUUCAAGACUGUCAUGACCUAAUGGAGGCUCAGUCUUACACAGAGCAUUGUGUCAAGAUCCUAUGCACAACACGGGGCAGCCACAAGAUUCUGUGUGAAGUGCUAUCUACGUAUGCCCAGAGAUGUCAAGCAAACCACAUCAAGAUUCAGCCAUGGGGAAAGAUCACAGGUGUGAGUUGACUUGCCCGGAGAACAGCCGUUACGUCUUUUGCGGUUCUCCCUGCCCUGCCUCUUGCGCCCAACCCACUGGACCUCCAAACUGUUUCCAGAACACGUGCGUAGAAGGAUGCCAGUGUGAAGCGGGGUUUGUGCUGAGUGGCACGGACUGCGUGCCGUGGGAACGGUGUGGCUGCACCUACAACGGACGGUAUUACUUGAAAGGGGAAACCUUCUUCCUGGAAGGAGAAAACUGUAAAAAAAAGUAUCGGUGUGAUGGCGCCAUCUCUGCCAUUGAAGCUGAUGGGUCCUUCUGCGGCCUGGAACAAUUCUGUGGCACUCAGAAGGGAGUGUAUGGUUGCCACACGUUGGCAGAUGGCACAUGUCAAAUUUCUGGAUUUCUUCACUACACCACCUUUGACGGACAACCGUACAGCUUCCAAGGCACCUCUAUGUACGUCUUGGUGGAACUGUGCCCAAUGUCCAAGAUUUUACCCUCUUUCAGAGUUGAAGUGAAGAAUGAGAAGACACCUAAGAGGCUUUCCCCUGAGAUAUCAAUGGUACUGGUUCUAGUGGACAACACCCAGAUAUAUCUGCAGAGAGGGCACCACGGGAGG